GCCAGGCACUCGCCAUGCCUCGGACCAGUCACGACGCGCCAACUGACGAAAAAACACCACAAAACAACAACAAUGCGCACGCGAUCUGCCACAAUGACAGCAACAACAAUAAACAAAACGCAAGCCAACUGGAGUUAUGCAACAACACUUUGGCUGUCCCUGACACUGCUGGCAGUCCUGAGCUGCUGUCAGGCAGCCAGCGUAAGCCUCCAGCUGCAGCCACUGGAGAGCUCAGCCAAUAUACUGAAUGACAGCCAGAUUGAAAUGCGACCGCUAUCGUGGCUAAGAAGCGCUCAGGAUAUGUUCGCCAGCCCGGCGGGUCAUGUUGUUGUACAGGUGGCCAAAGAGCUGCUGCAUCGCUCAGCGGGAAAUAGUCAAGUGCUCAGCUUGAAUCUGACCAAUUUGCUGAUUAUAGUGCUGCUUAAGGUGCUGAUCUUUUCGGCUGGACUACUGGGAGCGGGCCACUGGAGCAGCUAUGGCCAUGGCUAUGCACGUUCCGCAUCCCGCAUAGACGGCACCUCUGGCCUGGGUAUCACCUCCGGCGAUGACUAUCUUAUAAUGGGUUUCUUAGCUGCCCAGGGAGCCGGCCACGACGACUGCCUGUAUGCCGCAGCCUGUGCCUGUCCAAAUGCUGCCUAUGAGUACGCCAAGGCAGCCCGUGCCCUGCUGGGCGCCAUUCAAAUAUUCCAGGGCGCACCCUUGGAGAAGCCGCGCUAUAAUGAUCUCAUCGUGCUGAUGGAGCGCGCCGCCUACGAUGGCUAUCGAGGAGCCAGCUGCAACACUACCCAAUCCUGCGAUGGCCUCUUAUAGCCAGGGCAUUGAUGCCUGUUCGUUUGCUGUUUAUCAUACUCGUCUUUAUGUAUUGUAGUACAAAUGAAAAAUGUAUUUAUAUAGUGAUAUUUUAGUAUUGCUUUAGGCUGCGACUAGAGUGUAUAUGUUUAAAUGUGUUCAUGUGUGUGUAAGUGUAUUCUGUACAGUCUCAUUGGCUCAACAUGGAAUUACAUAUGCUAAACGCUAGAAUUUAA